CCUCUCUCUCCCUCUCCUCUCUUUCCCGCUCUCCCCUCUCCUCUCUUCUCAGUCUCUAACUCUACGAACCGAAGACAGCCGACCCAUCACUCUCUCCGCUCUGUGCCGUGUCUUAUGGGCACUCACAUCGACAUGAGCAGGUUCAACUGAGCAGCACUAAAUAUACAGAGUGAAGCAGAGCGAUGGAGCUGCAGGUGUGCGUGGAGGGCUCUCUCAGGGUGGUGUGUGGUGGUUCCCUGAGCACCACCUGUCAGGAGGUGGUCAUUGCUCUGGCUCAGGACCUUGGUCAGACUGGUCGUUACGUCUUAACCCUGAACCUCCAUGGCUCCGAGAGGCAGCUGCUCAAAGACGAGUGCCCGCUUCAGGAGCUCUCAAACCUGGGUAGAGAAUCUGCAGACGCCCUCCUCAUCCUCCGCAGAACCGGACCCUCCACAAGCUCCCUGCCCACCCAAAAAACCAAGCACCGACCUCGGACACGCACGCCCGACCCGUUCCCCUCCAACCUCUCGAAGGACAUGGAACCAAGCUCUUUGUAUGGGACCUAUCCAAGAAAAGGCAAAACCAAGAAGUCCAAGCCUCCUGCAUCAUCUCCGCAGAAAGAUGUGGUUUAUUUACAACUUCAGCAACAAUCCAGAACUUUACAAGAGCUAGAGGAGAGCUUAGAAAAACAUGAGAGACAGAUCCAAAGCUCAGAACUCAACCAGGACUUUGGACCGGGUCUGGACCGAGACCUAAAGAAGCAGCUGGAUGCUCUGGAGGAGAGGCAGAGGCAGAAUGAAGAGGAGCUGGGGCAGGAGCAGUACUGGAGGGGGCAGUUUGAGGAGGAGAACCGCAAAGCGAAAGAUCUGAGCUUUCGUCUGGAGCAGUUGCAGUGGUCUGUGCACCAGCAGAACCAGAGGUUAUCCUCCCUCCUGUCCCGCUCCCACGGCCUGGAGUCAGACACUCAGAGACACACUGAACAGGCUCUACUUCCCCUGGAGGAUGAACUGCAACAGCGCCGUCAGCAGGGAGAGAAGAUCACUGCAGCGCUGGAGGAGACCGAGAGGGAGAUGCACAACGUGAACAGAAGGAUCAGGAAGCAGAGGCAGAUGAUGGAGGAGCUGAAUAAAGAGCUCAGACAGUGUAACCUGCAGCAGUUCAUCCUCCAGGCCUCAGGCUCCACCCCCUCUGACAUCAUCGUCCAAUCAGGAACGGGUCCCGUCUCCUCUGACCUGUUCGUCCAAUCGGGACCAGGCUCGGGACCCUAUGACAUAACCAACCUCCGGCCAGGUUCAGAGAUUUACCUCAGCAAUGCAGGAAUCCUUGACUAGAGCUUGGUGAUAUGACCACUCCGCCUAUUCACAGGACAGAAAUGAACCUUUCCUGAACAGCUUUAGAAUGACCUUGAGCUGUAUCAGAACAAGUAUAAGUCACACAGAUUAGUACACACCCACGGACCACUAUGGAACCUACCUGGACCACUGAGGGAUUACACAGAUAUAAGGCCACAUGGGAAACUUCUAAAUCUUAAUGUCUAACUAAAGAGUGUUCUUAUUAUCAUCGUGGUAUCGGAAUCGGUAUUGAGUAUCGAGUCUGUUCCUUAGUAUCAAUAAGAAGUUGGCUUUAGGAGAACUGUGCUAUGUAUUUUUUUGUCAUGGUCUCAAAGUUUGAUCAAAAAUGCAGCUCUUUGACGACAUCUGGUGGUGACCCUGCAGAUGUUUUUUAAAUAAACCUUGUCAUGACCUACAUAGGCAUAGACAAUACUUUAUUAAUUUAACAGUUCAUUUUGCAAUUCUAUGUCUUGUUUCAUUAUUUUACUAGCUUUGUUUUCUUCCAUUGUUUUAUGAAUUUUGUAGUGUAAUGGUGAACGGGCUCAUAUUGCACUAUUUUCUAAUCUGUGUCAUAAUGUUGUUUCCUCCUCACAAACAGACCUGGAGUUGUGUUUUGUUUCAUUCACACGUUUAAUGGACAAACCCUGCAUAUUUAGGCUGAGUUCUUCUCUCAAACAGAAAACACUCUGUUCCACCUUGUGAUGUCAUGUGGUAAUACAGGAAGUGCUCCACUGUGUUUUUAAACUCCAUACACCUUCACUAGAAUCAUUUGGAUAAUUUCAGCCCUGGAAUUGCCAAUCUUUACUGAAAUAAAGGUAAAAGGAGCUGUUAACUUGAAAACUACCACUGCAUGACAUCACAAGGUGGAACAGAGCAUUUUGAGCUUUGGAGAUGUAGACACAAGAAAUAAUAAAGGGUUGUGUGAGUGAAACAAAACACAACUACAUGUAUGUUUCUGAUGAGGUAGAGUCCACACUGUGUAAUAUAGGACCUUUAAAACAGAAGAAUAUAUAUAUUUUUUUGAAGGAGCUGUGGAUGGCCCGUUUGGACUAAGCAUAAACAUGAAGCAGUUAAAUGAAGGUGUCAAUAUGACUGAAAUGUAUUUUUAUAAAUAUGAUGGCGCUUAUAUUGUAUCUUUUGUACUAUGCGUAGUUCAUGUCUUUUUUAUAUUCUUAAAAUGUAAUAUAAUAAGCUAUUCCACAGAGAUAACUUGGACUUUUACUUCACAGGAGAUAAGAUACAGCUAACACAAUGAAGGUAAAUUACAACAUAAAACAUUUGCCCAUUGUUUUGUUUACCAAACUUUAUACUUUAGUGCACCUUUAAAAGUCAUGAAGUUGAAUUUACUGUAUGGGAAUGUCCGUUAUAUCUG